UCCAGCAGGCACAUGCCACGGCGGUCGUUGGAGUCGUUUGUGUGCCCCAUCAGCCAAGAGGUGAUGAAGGACCCCGUGGUGGCAUGCGAUGGCCACUCGUAUGAGCGGGAGGACAUCGAGAGGUGGUUUGCACAGAAGGUCACGAGCCCCGCGACGAACGCACCGUUGCCGUCGUCCAGGUUAGUGCCGAACCAUUCCCUCCGCUUUGCGAUUCAAGAGUACGCACGGCACGACUCCCGCGCGUCGCUCAUAUCUCCUUCACUCAAUUCGUUCUGUUGUCCCAUCGGCAAGACGGCGAUGCUGGACCCCGUGGUUGCUUCCGACGGGUACUCGUACGACCGCGCCAACAUCAAAGAUCGCAAGGUGUUUCUCGGCAUGUUCACGAAACACUCCAAGAGUCCCGUGACCAACUGCCGGUUGAGUCUCCGUCAAGUGGUGCCAAACCACGCGCUGAAGCAGGCGAUCGCCGAAUUCCUCCGCACCCUUCAUCCACUCAGUCCUUCGUCCAUCGUGAUCUUUCCCGCCUUCUCGUCCGACUUUUCACCUCCGUCUCCACCACAUGUCUGUGGCAACCAACUGCUGCCGCCGCCACCGCCCACAUAUGACGGCGAUCCCACUCCGAGCUUCCAUCUAUCCCUGGACCAACCGCCGAACGUCUACAGAGUCGUGCGCCAGACUGGCAUCUUAUGGUCCGAGGACGUGCAUGACACGAUGCCCCCGGAACUCGCGCGUCCGCUGGCCCCCCACGCGCUCCUCGUCGGCUUCUCGCGUGGCUCCGCGUUUGUCCAAGUCGACGGCGACGCGAUUGGGUCGUUGGUGGACACCGCGUACGUGGCCGUAGCCGACUUGGAGCUGGUGGAAGCGAUGGAAGUGCGCAUGACGUUCCGCCUCCGCCGGCGAUCGCCGCUCGCUCUGUGGCCCACCGCCUCGACCGCCCAUGUGCUGGCGUGGAUGGACGUGGGGGAUGUGGUCGUGUCGGAAGCCGUCGUGCUCGACGCCACGGGGCAAGCAUUCCACCGAUGCCAGGACACCAAGUGCUGGCUCCGGAUAUGCGACGACGUGUAACGACAAUUUCAUCCAACACCACUAUUUAAACAUUCAAUCUCGGACUGUAUCGCAGC